AUGGCACAUAUGCCUCAAGGGGCCGAGGCGCCUACACAAAGCGCGCCGGCGUUCCAAGAGGCCAUUACUCCCGAUGAAGUCAAAGACAGUGACGAAGCCCUCGCUUUCCUGCGGAAAGAGGAGGUUGGCGAUGAGAGUCAAUACGUUGAUGAGAAAGCACUGCUUCGCAAAAUUGACUGGAUGGUCAUGCCGUUGAUGUUCUGUUGUUAUUUAUUGGAGUAUCUGGACAAGAGUCUCUUGAAUUAUGCUUCUGUGAUGGGUCUCCUAGAGGACACAGAUAUCAGCACAAACCAAUAUGCAAAUUUAUCACUUCUAUUCUACGUGGCAUUCCUUGCAUUCGAGCUUCCACAUGCCUAUUUGAUGCAACGCUUCCCGGCUGCUAAAUACCUGGGCAUCAUGGUUAUGUGCUGGGGCGCAGUUGUUGCCUGCACGGCGGCCUGCAACAGCUACGGAUCGCUGGUAGCUGUGCGGUUUCUUCUUGGCACGUUCGAAUCUACGAUCAGUCCAUCACUCAUUAUCAUCACAACCAUGUGGUAUAAGACGAGUGAACAGCCCAUCCGAGUAGGAUUGUGGUACAUCGGAGUGGGGACAGGCUCUAUCCUAGGCGCCUUGAUUUCUUUUGGCUUCCAGCACUAUGAAAGCCAAACUUUCAAGAGCUGGCAGAUCAUGUUCUUGAUUGUGGGUCUUCUCACUAUGUUAAUCGGAGGCCUUGUGAUCUGGUUGUUGCCCGACAAUCCCAUGUCAUCGCGCCUGACUCAUGCGGAGAAAAUCAUGGCCAUCGAACGCAUCAGAGGAAACAACACUGGCAUUGAGAACAAGCACUUCAAACCUUACCAAAUUGCAGAAUGCCUUCGAGACCCUCAGGUUUUAUUGCUAGCUCUGUUAACAAUAGCAGGCAGCGUUCCCAAUGGAGCUGUGAGCUCGUUUCAGAGUAUUGUCAUUUCAAGCCUCGGCUUUGCUGAUGAGCAAACAACACUCCUGCAGAUACCUAGUGGUGUUAUUGCUGUCCUGAGUGUUCUCUCUGCGACAUGGCUGGCGAGCAAAUACAACGCUAGAGGCCUCAAUAUUAUUGCGUGGUCGGCAAUCGGAGGAUUAAUUGGCGGUUCGCUCCUGGCAUUCUUGCCUGAGGAUAAUAAGGCUGGUAAACUGGUCGGAAACUACCUUUGCCAGGUUGUUGGGGCAUUCUUACCUUGUGCAUACUCUUUUGCUGGGGCUAAUUUUGCGGGACAUACUAAGAAAGUCACGGUGAACGCGAUUAUCCUUAUGAGCUUCUGUAUCGGCAACAUUCUUGGUCCUCUUACAUUCCGCAGCAAAGAUGCGCCGAAUUACACGCCCGCGAAAAUAACUAUCGUGGCAGUGGAUUCCGUUACUAUUGUGCUGACCGCGAUCCUCUUGUUCUAUUACAAAUGGGAAAAUAAGAGGCGAGAUCAGAGACCCUAUGAACACGAGGAGAACAUCGAGUUUUUGGACUUGACGGAUCGACAGAAUAAAGAGUUUAGGUACAGGUUCUAA